AACAUGUGAGAGUAGACACGGAGAAUCUCACAAUCGGCUGGCCAAUGAGACGCGAGGGCCCGCCCAAUCGGUCGCUCCCGCUGCUGUUGAUGUCCAUCUAAAUUGUCUGCUGCAUGUUCCUCAUGCAGCUCCUUUCUUUUUCUCUCUUAUUCUCACUCACUCGCUCACUCCACUCACUUUGUCACUCUCUCACCCAUCUCGUUUUCUUCGUCGCUCGUCGAUGACGAAUGCAACAACAAGGAGAACGCAUCGCCUCGUUUGGCACCAAGUAGUAGAGAUUCACCGACGGAGCUUUGCUACGAUUCCACCUCUUUCCUUUCCACCUUCUCUCUCUUUGUGGGACAUCACGGAUAUGAUAAAAGAGCCGUUGGUAAAGCAGGAGAUCAAGAUGGAAUGGGACGGUCAUCGCACGGAUGAUAAUUCACCACAAAUUUCUGGAACGGAAGAUCAGACAGUCGGGAGUCCUCAAAGCGUAAUAACGACCAGAAGACAUGUGAGAACGAUUACAACCGCUGGUCAUAUAACCGAAGGAAUUGCCGAAAUCGAACCGGAAUCGCCAGAUUCCAAUUCAAUUACCGGAAAUCUUCAUCGAGGACUUCAACAAAGAAAUGAACAUGAACAAUCUCACCAGCGUAAUUUCCAAGAGGAACAGCAACGAGCUCAUCAAACGCAGCAUUAUGUACAGAUUUCCCAUACAGGUAACGAGGAUCAACAACGAUCGACGGAUCAGCAACGUGUCGUUUAUGCCACCAGCAGCGGGCAGGAAGUUCAGGUCGAAGUUUCCGAAACCCCCGAGGCUACUAUCACGCUUACAGUCAAGGAACCGCCCAGAUACGAGACACCCGCACCAGAUAGAACGGAAGUAGACCGCAUGUAUGCUUAUUCCGACGGUCACGAUGUCCGAAGGGAGAACCAUGUGAUCACCGUACAAGUACCCGAUCAUCGACGAACCCAACAAACAGGGCACCAGAGAUUCAGCCCUCAUGAGAGUCAUCAGACAUCCGGUACGAGAUAUCAGACGUCGCCAGUUUUGAACACAACAGAGGAUUAUGACACUUCAACGAUCGUUACGCAAUCAGGAUCUACGGUCCAUCUCGGAUCACCGGCACCGCCGUAUUCACCGCCGAUCGAUGGUAUACGUCCUGGCCAACAGCAACAACAACUCGUAGCAACGAGUUACGCUGACGGUGUCGUCAAGUACGACACCGAGGCCGCGGCCGCCGCGGAAACUAUCAAAAAUCCCAACACGUACACCACACUGGAAACAGUCGCUAUUCCACCCACGCAAACCGUCCAAUACACACAAUACUUGUCGGGUAGCGAGACUUUUCAACAGGCGCCGACGUAUAGCUACGCCAAACCGGGAGAUUCUAUGAUCUUGACGUAUCCAUCAGCGCAACUUAGCUCAAGAGUUACCGAGGUAGAAUCACCCGGCAGCGCGUAUAUGAAGGGCGAUCCUACGUUAACGUCGUCCUUGGCCGCUCGAGCGGUUCCAUUGCAUUAUGAGCAGCCUGGUUCACCGGGUUCUCAAGUGACCCUGUACAGCACAGGUGCGACAUCGUAUCAAUAUGUAAAGCCUCCCUCGGGUGAUCCUUACUGGCCGGCCGGCAACACCCCCUCGCCACCGACUUUGGAGUACGUUCAAAGCUAUCCGAGCAUUACCGCGAUUUCCGUAAGCGACACCACCAACGUGCAGCUAUAUGCCGGCGGUGCGUACAGCGUUUCCGCGAGCGGGAACGGACCGCCCGGUGGAUGGACCACUCUUCCGAUUCCUGGUACCGACGAGGCAUUCGACGGAACGGUCAUAGCGCCGGAACCCAAAGAAUGUGUUAACUGCGCAGCUAGUAUGACGCCAUUAUGGAGAAGGGACGGCACCGGACAUUAUCUUUGCAAUGCUUGCGGUCUCUAUAACAAGAUGAACGGCGUCAACAGGCCACCCAUGAGAUGUCCUAAACCGAAACAGUCGGUUGCACCGGCUAACGUACGGAGGACAGGAGUACAAUGUGCAAAUUGUAACACGAGCAACACAACUCUCUGGAGACGAAACAACAAUGGUGAACCAGUAUGCAAUGCAUGCGGUCUUUAUUUCAAGCUGCACAAUGUGAAUAGACCUCUAAGCAUGAAAAAGGAAGGAAUACAGACGCGGAAGAGGAAACCGAAGAAUCAUUCAAACAUUACCGGAAAUCUACCUGGACCCAGUGGUAUCCAUAAGACCGAGAUCAAGUCCAGUCUACUUGUGGACUCGUUGCAGUUGAACAUGUACGCAAGCGGGGGUGGGGGUGGUGGAGGGGUCGACGAGCAUUGUCUUCCUGUAGGUACACCAACUGGGGCACAAUUAGGGCAUGCACACUCGCCCCUCGCAUUACCUACCGCCGCCGUAUUGAAUCGCCAAACUACCCUUACCGUACCACCACUAGAACCAAUCACUAGUCAAUCCAGCAGCGACAUCGCUUCGGUUAUAACGUCAACUACGACGACUCAUGCUGAGAAAUCGUAAAUACCAUCUAUUCUAUAGUCUGUAGAAAUUCUGUACACACUUGCCGACUGUAGCUAUAGUGAGAACGCGUACCGAUUUUAUUAUUAUAUAGUUUUGACAUCGAAAAGUACACAUCGAUCAUCAGAAACGCUAUCAUCCUAACUACAAACAGAUGAAAUUAUUAAAUUUUAUAUAAAGAAAGAAAUAACAUAUGUAAUAUAAAGAUAUUCAAAUAUAUUUGAAUAUUUAGUAGUAAAGAAAGGUAUCUGAUAUUCAUUAAUCUGAUACAAAAAAUAUAAUUUGAUGUUGCAUCAAUAUGAAUCGAAAAAA